UGUCAUUAACUUGCCUUCCUGAUGUUGUUUUGCUUUCUUCAUUUAAGUAGUUCAACUUUCCGCAAUCCUUCCUAAAUUCAACCAGCUGCGAUUGUCGUGAUUUGCAAACGGCUGGGAAACUGUUGUACUCACGGGACCAUUUUGCAGGCAUUAAUUGCCAAACGCAGAAUGAGGGCACUGGCUUUCUUUGUGCUUUUGGUCUCUUGCCUGGUCAAGGAUUCCUCAAUGAUAAUUAGGAAGCACCACAUCGCAGCUGUGGAAAUUAACUGGGAUUACAGGAGCAGCAAUCUCCUCUCAUGGCAUGGAACUGGAAACUCAAGGCCACCAUUUACUUCCAGAACCUUUCCUCUGUACAGGAAGGCAGUUUUUAUGGAAUUCAAAGAUUCUUCAUUUCUCAUACCAGAAACAAAGCCUACGUGGAUGGGGAUUCUUGGUCCCACAAUUCGAGCAGAAGUUAACGACAAAGUUAUAAUCCACUUUAAGAAUCUAGCAUCGCGUCCAUACAGUAUUCAUCCGUUUGGGAUCUCCUAUUGGAAGAUGUCAGAAGGAGCCUCGUACAAUGACCACACUUCCACAUAUGAAAAGAAAGACGACAAUGUGGCACCCAAAGGUGAAUACACCUACGUGUGGGACAUCAGUUGGGAUCUCGGCCCGAUGAAUGGUGAUUCCAGAUGUCUCACCUAUGCCUACUCUUCGCGUGUGGACCCUAUGAGGGAUUUCAACUCGGGUUUAAUCGGAGCAGUGCUUGUGUGUAAACAAGGAACUCUAAACCAAUUUGGGAUGCAGAUUGGUCAACAAGAGUUUGUGCUUUUGUUCUCGACAAUUGAUGAAAGUAAAAGCAUGUACCAUGAAACAGAUAGAAUUAGAUAUAAGAUUCCUGGCACUCAGAAGACGAAAGGGAUGAUGUAUUCCAUCAAUGGCUACAUUAAUGGUUCCUUACCAGAUCUGAAUAUGUGCAAAAACAAACCAGUCAGUUGGCAUUUAAUAGCAAUGGGCUCCACUCGAGACCAAUACUCCAUUUACUUUGGUGGAUACAGCCUUCUACUGCGUGACCACAGGGUUGUUUCGGUUGAACUAGCUCCAACUGCAUUUGCAACAGCUGAGAUGCUUCCCAGUUAUGAGGAUACGUGGUUAUUGACUUGUCAAAAUCCAAUCCAUCAACAAGCUGGGAUGAAAGCCUACUUUAAUAUAAAGGGAAUGUGUGUGGAUGACAAUGCACUUGCUCUGAGUGAAACAGCAGGGAUGGAGAAUACUGAUGAAAAUGAAACAUUUGAGGAUGAUGAGACAGAUGAACCGGACUUUAAGAUCAACAUUAAAUACAUGUUACGGACAAUCGUUACCAAAAGUAGGUCAAUGGAAUGGAUUUAUUACAUUGCCGCUGAGGAGUGUGAUUGGGAUUAUGCUCCAACCAUUCCCGAUGAUAUCAGCAGCAAGCUAAGAGCAAAGUAUCUGGAAAAGGGUCCACAUCGUAUUGGGAAGGGCUAUAAAAAGGCUAUUUAUGUUGAGUAUACUGACCAUACCUUCACAGUUGUAAAACAUAAAUCAGAAUCGACAUCGUCAAAAGGCAUUCUCGGCCCAGUUCUACGUGGAGAAGUUGGAGAUCGUUUUAAGAUCAUCUUUAAGAAUCUUGCCAGCAGACCAUACAAUAUUAUUCCACAUGGACUGACAGAAAUAAAGAUGGACAAAGCUGGAGGUCUCGAUGUGAGGAACCAUGCUGUUCAGCCCAAUGAAACAGUUACUUAUUUCUGGACGAUGGCCCGGAGUGAUGGACCCACUGGCUCUGACUUGGGCUGCCUGACCCGCUUUUACUUCAGUAAUGUGGACAUGGAUCGUGAUUUAGCCUCAGGGCUCAUUGGGCCUCUACUGAUCUGUGCAAAAAACAUGCUUGAUUCUUAUGCAAGACUGGUGAAGAUUGACAAAGCCAAAUAUCUUUACUUCUCCCUGUUUGAUGAGAAUAAGAGUUGGUACAUAAAUGAAAACAUUGAGAAAUACUGUGAAGACCCUUUGCAAGUUAACCCAGAUGACCCUGAAUUCUAUGCCUCCAAUCUAAUGCACAGUAUAAAUGGGUUUGUAUUUGAAAAUGUCCCCAAGUUGAAUUUCUGUUUGAAUGAAGUGAUUUAUUGGCACGUAAUACUUGGUGCCCAAGAAAAGUUCCUUUCAAUCUACUUCCAUGGACAAACGUUUAAGAACGAUGAGGUGUACGAAGAUGUGUUAACUCUCUUUCCACUUUCCAGUGAAACAAUCCGUAUGGACAUGGAUAACAUUGGUGUGUGGCAGCUGGAACCACUUAAUUAUCAUUUUCAAAUACAGGGCAUGAGGGCAAAGUACAGCGUUCGGAACUGCGACAAUGAUCUAGAAAACAUAGAAGACAUUUUCAUCGACCUUGAUUCGAACGAAGAUGAACCUGACCUGGCAGUGGGAAACGUACUUAAAAAUAAAAUCAAAAAGCUUUUUUACACACCACGCGGAUUCAAUAAACACAGUGAUAAUCAAACAAACUUUUAUGAAGCAAUUGACCUGGAAGAAGUAAUGAAUGCUACUGAUGAUGGGCAAAAUAUGACUGAUAUCGAUCCAGUCUGGUCCCACUGUAGGCAAGGGCAAUCUCAAACCUUUAAGAAACAAUUAAGUAGGGAAAAGAAAGAAAUUCACUUUCUAAAAAGUGGGAUUGACAAACAAUUUUCCAAGCACGCCAAUGAUCAGAAUCGAACAAUUAGAAAGGAUUUCGAUGAUACACCUGAAAGCAGCAAAAAUCAAAUCUUAACAGAUUCUGAUAACUUACAUGAUAACUCGUCAUUCAAGAAGGUCAACAGACCUGACAAAGACGGUAGAAGUGAAAAUAUAGAUGAGUUAUUAAAAGCAAAAUUCAGCUCAGAUUACCUUAUUCUGACAAACCGAAUGAAAGAUAUAUCAUUACAUGAUCUUCUGAAAUCUAACCUGACAGCUGGAAUUGAUGGAGAACCAGAUUUGCUCCAUGCAAAUCAGACACAUAAAUCCAAUGAAAGUCUGAAGCUGGUGGAUAAGGUUAACAUAAAUAACCUCUCUCUUCAAGCAAAUAAGUCUGAACAUGUGUUUAGCAAUGAAACUAUGGGAAUAAAUUUCUGGGAGAAUGAGACAACUGUAGAGUUAAUGAAAUUUGAAGAUGUAACACCUAAUCAAACAUUAUUUGACAAAAAUUCAACAACAGAAGCUGAAUCCAAUUCUAAUCUAGCUGAGGAAAUGCCACUUGAAUAUGAUGACUAUGAAGAAGAAACUUAUAGUGGAGCUGGCGAUGAAUCCAGCAGAGAUCAGGAUGAAACCAAGUCCAGAAGAACCUCUAGCAGAGAGUCAUGCCCAGAGGAGGUGCCAAAACACAUCGUAAGAACGUCCAGUUCACAGUCUAAGUAUUAUUACAUUGCAGCAAUCGAGAAGAAUUGGGAUUAUGAAGACGAUAAAACCGAUAGAGCUUCCGAGUACAGUUGGUGGCAGCAAUCACGGAGACGAAGACUUGGCAGUAAAUUCAAGAAGGCAAUGUUUAUACAAUAUAAGGACAGCAUGUUCAAACAACCCAUGAUCAAAGGAGAAAAUGAAAAACACUUGGGCAUUCUCGGACCAGUCAUCAGUGCCGAGAUCAAUGAUAUAAUUGUGGUAAAGUUCAAGAACAUGGCCACCAGACCUUACUCUAUUCACACCCAUGGCGUGCCACGUGAAAUACCAAUUGAAUACACAUAUGAGGAAGAAGAGUUAAACGACUGGCCUAGAAAGGAAGAAGAUAUAGUUCAACCAGGUCAGACAAAGGACUACAUCUGGCGUGUAACAAAAGGAUCAGCACCCACUGAUAAGGACUUUGACUGCAGAGCCUGGUCAUAUUACUCAGAUGUCAACCCAGAACGAGACAUCCACACCGGAUUGAUUGGUCCUUUAAUCAUCUGUAAAAAAGGGACACUGCACAAGAUCGCCCGAGGGAUAUUAAAGGUUCAGGAAUUCUCUUUGCUUUUCAUGACUUUUGAUGAAAACAAAAGCUGGUAUUUGGAAGACAACCUCCAUACGCUCUGCAAACAUCCAUGUUAUAUCAAACCAGAGAGCACUGCAUUUCAAAACAGCAUGAAGUUUCAUGCAAUCAAUGGGCAUGUGGCAGAAACACUACCAGGCCUGGUAAUGGCUCAGAACCGGUUAGUUCGGUGGUAUCUAUUAAACACUGUUGGAUCUGCUGAUAUCUAUAGUGUGCAUUUCCAUGGCCAACCUUUUACAAUAAGAAGAAGCAAAGAGCACAAGAUGGGAGUUUACACAUUACCUCCUGGCUCCUUUGGAACCAUUGAAAUGGUCCCAAGCAAAGUGGGCUACUGGCGUUUGGACUGCGAGACUGCUGAAUACAUGCAGGAAGGGAUGCGAGCCGUCUUCCUAGUCUACGACUCCAAUUGCAAAGAGCCUCUAGGUCUUGCAAACGGAAGAAUAGCAGAUUCACAGCUCACAGCGUCUGGUCACGUAGGGAAAUGGACGCCUCAAUUAGCAAGGUUGCACAACUCUGCAUUCACCAAUGGGUGGCGGGGGAAAGGAAGCCGACCAUGGAUUCAGGUUGAUUUAAAAAAAACGAUGUUAAUCCAUGGAAUAAUUACUCAGGGAGUGCGUCAUUACUUUAAGCACCUCUUUGUGGACCAUUUCUAUAUCUCCUACAGCCCAGACACCCACACCUGGAAAAAUUAUAAAAGCAAUACUACAAGCGACACAAAGAUAUUUAAAGGAAACACUGAUGGAACAGGACAGAUGAAGAAUUAUUUCAAUCCACCAAUUGUCGCCCAGUAUAUCAGAGUAUACCCAAAACCUGGCGUGAGCUCUCUGGCAUUACGAAUGGAGUUGCUGGGUUGUGAUCUGCAGAGCUGCUCUUUGCCACUUGGAAUGGAGAAUAGGAUAAUCAAAGAUCAUCAACUCAGUGCCUCCACAUUCUGGGUCAGCUUGAGUGCCUGGACCCCAUCACUGGCUCGUCUCAACCAGAAAGGGUUCACUAAUGCAUGGGUCCCAAAGAGAAACAAUCCACAUGAAUGGUUCCAGAUUAACUUUCUACACAGAAAAAAGAUUACGGGGAUUAUAACCCAGGGUGCCAGCCACAUGAAACAGGCAAUGUUUGUGAAGGAGUAUAUCAUCUCAUACAGCGAUAAUCGUAACAGCUGGACUAUAAUUAAAGAUGGCCAAGGCAUGAAGAAUAAGGUAUUUAUAGGAAACGUGGACAGUAAUACCCAAGUUCAGAACACCUUCGAUCCUCCCAUAUUUGCUCAGUUUUUAAGAGUUAUUCCGCAAGCUUGGCGAAAAAACAUUGCCCUGCGAAUUGAGAUAUUAGGAUGUGAUACUGAGCAGAGAUUUUAAAAACAAAAUUAAAUGUAUUAAAAUUGAUUUGAAUAAAAUAUAAUAAUAAAUAACUAAGCUUCUGAAUUCUGCCUCGCUUCUUGUGCUUCACCUCAUUAUAUGUGGUACUUUGUCCAUUUGGUAUUGAU